AAAAGAUCUUACAUUUACGUUCACAGCCAGUCACACCUUACCUUUUGCUUUACGCACUCCCUUAUCGCGUUCUCGAUAUCGGUUCUAACAAGAAUAUUUUAAAAUGUCUCUACUAAAGAAAACUUUUCAGGGUGCAAUAAAAAUAAGUAUACGGAAUUAUAGUGCGAAUACUGGUUUAAUUAAACCGCCAAAAAUACUUAUUACCGGUGGCCUAGGACAACUCGGUGUUGAAUGUGCUAAACAUCUACGAGGAAAAUACGGCAAAAACAAUGUGAUAUUAUCAGAUAUUAUAAAACCUUCAACAGAAAUAUUUAACGACGGUCCGUACAUAUUUGCGGACAUUUUGGAUUUCAAAGGUUUACAGAAAAUAGUUGUCGACCAUAGAGUCGAUUGGUUGAUACAUUUUUCUGCGUUACUUAGUGCGAUUGGUGAACAAAACGUGCCUCUAGCAGUUCGUGUAAAUAUAGAAGGAAUGCAUAACGUUAUUGAGCUUGCUAAACAAUACAACUUGAGAAUAUUCGUACCCAGUACAAUAGGUGCGUUUGGACCAGACUCGCCUAGAAAUCCGACACCUAAUAUUACAGUACAACGACCUCGGACAAUCUAUGGUGUGUCAAAGGUGCACGCGGAAUUAUUGGGCGAAUAUUAUCAUUAUAAAUUCGGAUUAGAUUUCCGUUGUUUAAGAUUCCCUGGAGUUAUUUCCAGUGAUCCACCCGGUGGAGGAACUACAGAUUACGCGAUUGCUAUAUUUCAUGACGUGCUUCGCAAAGGUCACUACGAAUGUUAUUUAAAACCUGAUACAAGACUUCCCAUGAUGCACGUCAGAGACGCGCUCCGAGCGCUAUCAGAAUAUUUAGAAGCGCCUAACGAAAUGUUGCAGAGGCGAGUGUACAAUGUAACGUCAAUGAGUUUCACCCCCGAAGAGUUAGCUGACGAGAUGUUCAAACAUUUGCCCGAUUUUACGCUUUCAUAUAAACCGGAUAGUAGACAGGAUAUUGCGGAUUCUUGGCCACAAGUAUUUGACGACAGCGAGGCUCGACGGGACUGGAACUGGAAGCCAGAAAUAGACAUGGACAAUCUGGUGAAAUUAAUGCUGAAGGAAGUCAAAGAAAAAAUUGUCGCCAAUGGAUUAUGAGUAACACUUAAAACACCCUAAAUAUACAAUGUCUUGAUAUAUUUUUCAGAGAGAGAAGAAUGAAUCUUGUAUAGGUUUUUUUCUUCAUAAGUUAAAAACGUAUGGUGAUCACAACAUAGAAUUUCAUGACAUGCGAAAUUAGGAUUUGAACCCACUAUUACGUUUCUAUGACGAUAUAGAAUAACAUCGGACGAGCUCUAGGUUUCAUAAUAGGAUUUAAAAUCAAUAUUUAUAUGGUUAGUAUUAAUGUGCAAGUAUCUAAGUUGUUAAAGUU